AUGAAGGCAGAGGUAUUGAAGACCCGGUUUGGUCAAGCGUCCAGCUGCAUACAAGCGUAUGGCAAACAAUUCAUCUCGAGGCGUUCACUCGCCAGGCUAUUGUCAGUAUUCCUGUGUUGCCUUGUGGUAGUAAUUCGCCCUGUGUCCAAGCUUGGUGGAGAGUUUGCGUUCUUGGUUCUUGCGUUGAGAGAGCUGGUACUCUCCGUUCAAGAGAAUCUUGCGCAGCAGUUGGAGCUCACGGUCCUCAACGUUACUGGUGCCUUGCUCGGCAUAGGUCUUUCAACACUGGCAAAGUACAUAGCUUCUUUGACUCCCGACAAUCAAGCCAGGUCGAGGGCGACAUGCGCUACGUUUCUUGUAAUGAUCAGUUUUUUUGCUGGUUGGAUCAAGAGUCGUAUGGUUCGUCUUCAGCUCUCCAUGCGCAUAUCCCUCUUCGUCUCCACAUGGCUGUUGACGACCAACAUAGGCGUUCGUUCUAGAAUCCUUUCUGAUUCCGGGGCCUUUCUUUUCGUAACUUUUGCUUCUGCUAUAAUCUCUCUCGUUUCCCUCCUCUUUGUGAUGGCAUUGUUGCGGUGGCCGUCCACGAGCUUCGAAGGGGACAUGGCAAGAACUUUCGCGUUGCUUCGGCAGUGCCUGUCCAUAAACCUUCAAUACAUGGGCGUCAAGACGGUGGUUUCAGAUGACAGCAUUACUCCUCAGGAGUAUUCACAGUUCCGAGACAGAUUACUUCAACAGUCAAUCAACCUCAAUGAGACCUAUUCUCAAGCAGCAUUUGAACUUCGGAUUGGGAGACUUAGUUUGAAGUCGAUCCGCCCUUUCAUCAGCAUUGUCGAGCAUUUACGGAGAGAGGUUGCAUGGGGCCUCCCAAUCCAAUUCACCGUCGGGUCAGCAUGGGAUAUAUCAAAUACAUCCUCCCAGUAUAAGUUGCUUACGGACUUUGAAGCACCGGCUGUCCUUCUUGGGCACGGUAUUCUUGCGGCAAUGCAGGCAGUGGAACGCCUUAUCGUCGUGGCUUUCCAACAAGGACCUUAUGUAAAACCAUCUUCCCAGACGUGGUCUGAACCCGAAAAUGAAGCUAUACACACGGCCGAGGAGAAACUAGUUCUGGCCAGGGAUCAUGCUCGCGAGAAGCUUGCACGAAUAUUCACCGAAGCAGGCAUGCAACAUAGAGCGGCGGGAAGUAACAUGCCCAAGGAUGUUCUCAAUGGCAGUCUUGUCAUGAUUACGUUGCUCCAGAUGGCCCAAGAGAUGCGGUUGGCUUUGAAAGACGCGCGGCGAAUUGCCUCACGUUAUGAAGCAUCCGCGGUACGCUUAUGGUACCCGCAAAUUACCUUGGCAUGGCUUGGGGUUCCUCAGGCGUUCUUUAUGUCUGACGAUUUCGGCUCUACCAUGCAACUCACCGGGAUCAGCGAUGCGGAUGAAGAUUUACGAGAGCAAGACGCAGAAGAACGACUAACGAUUGCCGAAGCACGACAGGCGCUGGCCGAGCAGAGUCAUCCCAUGGACUCCAUGCAAUCCCUGACCCGCCGUACAUACUUUGGUGCGUCUGUAGAAACCAAAUCCGGAGAACCCGGACCUUGGUAUUCUCUCAAGUCUUGGUCGAGACGGUCCAAGAUGUUAUGGUCGCACCCGCGAAUGGUUGAUGGACGGAUGUGGCUCUCGAAGGGCUAUAGGUCCAUCCAACAUUCCAGCCAUAUACGGCAUGCCAUGAAGAGCGCCAUUGGCGUUGCAAUCUUGAGCUUCCCGGCAUUCAUGCCAGGACAAUCUGCAGGGCGCCGAUGGUUCACUACGUGGCAUGGGCAGUGGAUGGUCAUCAGUUAUCUUCGGGUGUUGGAAACGAACACCGGAGCUACCUGGAGGAUUGGCUACCUACGGUUGCUGGGCACGAUUACGGGUGCUAUCUAUGCGUAUAUUACAUGGCUGAUCUGCAAGAGAAACCCGUACGGUUUGGUCGUUCUGGUGACAGCGGCUGAUGUCCCUAUAACCUGGAUGAUCACCAAAACUGAGCUAACUCCUCUGGCUGUACCUGCAUCCUUGACUCUUCCAACUAUCGUUCUAGCUCAGUAUAUAGUGCCUGAACAGACCAUGUCUGUCCUGGAACUAGCUGGCAUUCGUGUUAGUAUGAUUGCCGCUGGUAUUAUAGCUGCGUUGCUCGUGAACAGCCUUGUGUUCCCACGACAUUGUCGGGUCCUGUUCCUAUCUGACACUGGUCGUACCCUUGGUUCUCUCAGUAACCUUUACAUGACGUUGAGCCACGAGGUGUUCCAUGACCAACAUAUUUACACCCCAGACGAGCGUCGCCGAACUCAGAAAUUGGAGCUUCAAAUUCGCAAUGCACUGCAUCGUCUUUCUGGUCUGAUUGUAACGAUGGGCGCGGAAUUGAGCCUCUUACCGAAACCACUCCGACAUUACCGUCAAAUCGUGACGGUCCUGCAAAAGCUGUUAGAUCUGAUGACUGGGUUGCGCAAAAUGCGGACGAAUAUUCCCCGUGAACAGACCGUUGCUAGCGUCUUCAAGGAACGUCAGGAGUUUAUGUCUUCCGUCUGCAUCAUCCUAUUCGCCUGUCAGCAUGCGUUCCGAACGCGAGAGCCGCUUCCUCAAUUCUUGCCUUCGACCCGACAGGCACUCUCAGUGCUGCAAAGCCAUGUACGAAAAUCUUUACAGCGGGCGAGUGAAGAUGAUCCGCAUUCCAUGGGUCUCUCACUUGUUUAUGCUUUUGCCGAGCAGGACGUAAUGAAGAACCUGGUAGAUACCCUGGAGGAGCUGUUGAAGCUGACCGGGAGAUUGUUCGGGACAUCUGCGUGGUUGACCCAAGAUCCCGGAUUAACCAGAACAAGCAUGCCAGAUGAAGGAGAUCGUGGGUGGUAUAGCACAUUCAAGUGGGAGGAGACGUGA